AUGAAUGCUCUUUUGACUGCAGCCUUCACGCCCGAAGAAGUAAACCAAGCCUUAUUUCAGAUGCAUCCAUUAAAAUCACUUGGACCAGACGGCUUUAGAGCAAGCUUCUAUCAGACACAUUGGCAGAUUGUUGGUGAUGAGGUUAGAAAGGCUGUUUUGGAUUUCCUAAAUUUUGGUGUUCUUGAUCAUGCCAUAAAUUCUACUUUUAUUGCCCUAAUCCCUAAAACUUCUAAUGCUUCUUGUGUUAACAACAUUUUGGUCAUGUACGAAGCUCUUCACUUCAUGGAUACUCGUAUGAAGGGUAGAAAGGAUUACAUGACUGUGAAGUUGGAUAUGAGUAAAGCAUAUGACCGUGUGAAAUGGUCGUUUCUUGAAGCAAUGAUGAAGCGCCUAGGUUUUGCAGAGGGUUGGAUUGCCAUAAUCAUGACAGGUGUUCGUAGUGUGACCUAUUCAGUUUUGGUGAAUGGAGCACCUCAUGGUAACAUUAUCCCUUCCCGGGGUUUACAACAGGGGGAUCUGCUAUCUCCUUAUCUUUUUCUAUUGGUGGCAGAGGGACUUAGUUCGUUGCUUGUCCGAGCAGAGAUGGAAGGCAGAAUUAUAAGGUUUCCCUUCUCUUUUAGGGGGACUCGAAUCAGCCAUUUAUUUUUUGUUGACGACAGCUUACUCUUUUGCCGGGCAAAUUUUAACGAAUGGGGGAACAUUUUGGGGAUCCUGAAAGUGUAUGAGGAAGCAUCAGGUCAAAAGCUCAAUGCGGCCAAGACCUUGAUUUAUUUCAGUAAAAAUACUAGGGCGAAAUUUAAAGAAUUCCUGCCCUCCUCUGCUGGAAUUUCUGCAACCUCUAGAUAUGAGAAGUAUUUGGGACUCCCAUCCUUGGUUGGGAGGUCAAAGACAAAGACUUUUGCUGGGAUUGAAAGCAGGGUACGCAAGAAACUAGAUGGGUGGAAAGAAAAAUUCCUUUCACAGGCGAGCAAAGAGAUUCUCAUCAAAGCGGUGGUUCAAGCCAUUCCCACCUAA